AUGGCUAAUCAUCGUCGAAAACUCAUGGAGGGCAAUAAAGUUUUAUUUGCCGCAAUAUUAUUUCUGGCUUUAUUGCAAUCUCUCAAUGCGGCCUCCGUGCAAUUUCCAAAAUUAGUCAAUGGAACAGCUGAGCCAGUCGAUGCCUCACGUUAUGAAUACGCAAUCGAUGGUAAGACCACCAUCAGUCGAACGGGUUUAGCUCAAAAGGACGGUCAGGAUAACGUUGAUCCGACUGCAGCGAAAUUCAAUAUGCCGACAAAGAACGGUGAUGGUUGUGCAGCAACAAAUCUAACGGCACUGACAUGGGCUCAUGCAGUCAAUAGCCAAAAGGAGCUAACGGAAGCUCUUAACAGUGACAUUGAUAUGAUUGAGGCCGAUAUUGUUAUGGGCAAGAUUAAUAAUACCGGUCCCGAUAUGCCUGUGAUGGCCCAUCCACCAGCCAACAAUUCCGACAUUUCGCUCGAAUCCUUUUUACAACAAAUUAAGAAAUACAAUGACGGCAACAAAGAGAAGAUGAAGGGUGUUAAAUUGGAUUUCAAAUCGAUUGAGGUGUUUGAAGGUGCUCUCAAAACCUUGGAAGACAAAAUACCCGAGAUGACCUAUCCGAUAUGGUUAAAUGCUGACAUCAUAAGUGGUCCCGUCAAUCAAAACAAUACCAUACCCGUUGAUCCACAACGUUUCUUCGCCGGCUCCUCCAAAUUCCCUCAAGCCGUCCUCUCAAUUGGUUGGACCACAAAAUGGUCAUCGGAUUUUAAUAAUGGUUCAUAUACAUCGCAAGAAAUCGAUGCCAUGAUUUUAGCCAUUAAAGCAAAUAAUAUAACCGAGACUGGGCAACCGAUAACAUUCCCUGUGCGGGCUGGUAUUGCUGCCAAUAGCCAAGAGGAGUUACAUGAUUUGGUGAAAGCAAUUAAUGGCACGAAUACUAGUACCCUUACCAUAUGGUCUUCACAAAACGAUUAUGUUGAUAUUGCCAAAUUGAGGGAGUUGAUAUUUUCAUUUGGUUUCGAUCGUGUCUACUUGGAUGUGCCCGAAGAGGUAUCAAGUCAAUUGGAUUUGGGACGUGAGGAUAAUGAAGACAGUGGAAGUGAGAAUGGUGGCCCGCAGGGCAAUGGUGCCGAGGGUAAUAACCAUGCCCUAACAUCUUUGGUUAACUUUAGUUUAAUAAGUGCUGGUCUUUAUUUGUUUAGUUUGUAUUUAGAGAAACUUCGACUUUAA